GGCCUCAGCUGUCCCUCUGGAGUUCCUGCAUGGCUGGGGGGGGGUCUGUCCUGCCUGGGCUCCAGAGUCUUGCUGCGGUUGCUCUGGUUCCUCCUGGUUCCUGCUCUUGGGUUGCUCUAGUCUAGGGCCAGGCUCCUCCUUCUUGCCAGGGCAGCCAAGGGAGGCUGGGCAUCAUUCGGGGGAAGCCAUAGAUAGGGCCUCCUCCUCCUCCUCCUUCUCGAGUUCCAGGGCGGAUCCGGGGCUGCGAGAACGAGAAGAACAGAGAGUGAAGCAGCGGAGGCCAAGGGCUGCAAAGACUAAAGGAGCCAAACAGAGAACGACCUGGUUGUUGCAUUCAAGUCCCAGAAAAAUUGAAGAGAUCUCAAUUGUCAUGGCUGGAAACCGGGGAACCAUUAGGGCUGCUUCCCACUUCAGCGCCGAGGAAGAUGCUCAGAAACUCCGCAAAGCUAUGAAAGGGCUGGGAACGGAUGAAGAUGCCAUCAUCGAAAUUUUGGUCAACAGGAAUCUGUCCCAAAGGCAGGAGAUUAAGAUGACCUACAAAUCUACCAUUGGCCGGGAUCUCAUCAAUGAUUUGAAAUCUGAGCUGAGUGGGAAAUUUGAGAAGGUGAUCAUUGGCCUAAUGACCCCCAUUACGCUGUACGAUGUGGAGGAACUGAAGAGAGCCAUGAAGGGGGCUGGGACCGAUGAGGGCUGCCUGAUAGAAAUCUUGGCUUCUCGCACCAAUGAGGAGAUACGCCGGAUUAACGAAACCUACAAGCACCAGUAUGGGACUACAUUGGAGGAGGACAUUGUGUCGGACACUUCCUCCAUGCUCCGGAGGGUUCUGGUAUCCCUUGCAACUGGCAACAGAGAUGACAGCCAGUAUGUCGACGAUGCUCAAGCCCAGCAAGAUGCUCAGUGCCUUUAUGAAGCCGGAGAGAACAGGUGGGGCACAGAUGAGGGCCAGUUCAUGACUGUCCUGUGUUCGAGAAACAGGAGCCAUCUGUUGAGGGUGUUCGACGAAUACAGGAAAAUAGCUGACAAGGACAUUACGGAGAGCAUUAAAUCUGAGAUGUCGGGAGACCUUGAGGACGCCUUGCUAGCCAUAGUUAAAUGCAUACGAAGUAAGACUGCCUACUUUGCCGAAAGGCUGUACAAAUCCAUGAAGGGUUUGGGGACAGAUGACGACACUCUCAUUCGAGUGAUGGUUUCUCGCUGCGAGAUUGACAUGAUAGACAUUAAGGCGGAGUUCAAGCGGAUGUAUGGGAAUUCCCUCUACUCCUUCAUUAAGGGAGACACCUCAGGAGACUACAGGAAAGCCCUGCUCCACCUCUGCGGUGGGGAAGACUAACCCUUCUGGGGCACCUUGCCUUUUCUACAGCCAAGUCGGCGCUUCCGACUCUGUCUGUAGGCGACAUCCAAGCAGCCUCAGCUUGUCGCAGUUAUGCUUCAAUUGAUGCAAAGAAUGUUACUAUUGUAUUAUGCAGACACUGAUUUUUGCCUGCUAGACUAGCUAUGCAAACGCAUGUGGAACUGAUUAAUUGCAGCUUGGUAACAGGUGUUAAUAUGUGAUGUAUGGUGAAUGAAUGGUAGAAAUCCUCCUUAAAAUGUUUAUGUUGUGCAUUCUGCCUUCUUCAGUCUCUUCUGCAGAAAGGCAGAACAUGAACUUGAGAAGCUUGUGUUUUUUAAAAGUUACGUUCCUUCUGCCAGUCCUUGACCCUCACAAAUAGCAAGAUAAAUUGGUGAGGACAAUUUAGAUCAGGUGAGGACAAUUUCAACAGCUCUGGGGGCCACACAUUAGGAUAAAAGACCCAAAGCAGAAGUCCAAAUUCCUGUUCUGGAAAAGAAAGUAUUUAUGAUACUUGCACACUUUUUAAUGCUGCUCCUGGAGUUUUCUAGGAGAUGCAAUUAAGGCUGGUCCAGAGCAUGUGGAUGGAUAAGAGCUGCAAAAAUAAUGCUUAGGAUAACCUCUUUUUCCACCCCUGCCCUUGAUCUAACAGGUGGGUCAUCACUGCUCUCAAACUAAAUACAGCCUAAGUAGAUUAAAUAAAUCUGAAUUGCUGAGUGAGCAAAAGUUAGGAGCCAUAAAGGCAGUAAUCUUAAGGAACUGCAGGGGAUGAGAAUGUAUGGUGCUUUCAAAGAGUGGAGAUGUGCUGCUCCUUUUAACCCAGGUUGCAAGUGACUGUGGCAAGGCUGAUGUGAAGGUUUAUUUCCUCUUCAGAACAGCCAACUCACUCCGGGAAAAAGUAAGCCCAAGUUUACCUCUUCUCCAGGGCUUCUUGGAGUCAAGACUGCCAAGAACUCAAUAAAUAACCCAGAAGACAUAAGCAGCUCUUGGAAAGAAUACUUCUCUUUUGCAAUAAAUACAAAUGAACCAAGCCAAA